AUGAGCGGACGACCAGGCCACUAUCUUGCAGGAAAGAGAAUCGUCGUGGCUGGUGGAGGAUUUGCGGGCCUGGCAUUUAUACUUGCUCUCGACAAGCUCUGGCAAAGCUCGACACUUGAGUCUCCAGAAGUGCUGCUUUACGAACAAAACUCCCGCCAAGAUUCUAUUCAAAAGGACUCCUAUACACUGUGCAUCAAUGGGGCCAGUCAGGGUGACGGGCUUGUGGCCAUUCAGCAAUUGGGGUUGCUAGACGAAGUACGUCAGCACUCGACGCUCAACGACGGUGAUAUCCGGGUCUGGUCAAGCGAUUGGAAAUGGCUGUCAUCGAUCAACCCGACCGUGUACGGGAACCUCCCAGCAGCAACCAUGCGCAUUAGCCGUCAGAAUCUCAAGCGCAUUUUGGUGGAGAGAGCCGAGCAGACAAGGACCGUCUUCAAUUGGGGUUCAAUCUGCACUUCGGCGGAGCAUCUAUCGAACGGGAAGAUUCGCGUCUCCCUCUCUGAGGACACAGGCAGUUCACACAGCUCCACUCUAGACUGCGAUCUCCUCGUGGCGGCCGAUGGCGCAAAUAGUCGCAUUCGGGCCUGCUUUCGACCCAACGACAUGAAAACCCACUACGCCGGCGCGACGCAGAUCGGUGGAACCUCGUUUCUUUCGGAGGGACUACCCAAUCCCAUUGAUCAAGACUUCAGCCUUCAAAUGUCGUCAGGCGAAGGGGUCUGCUGCAUCUACCACCCCUUAGACAGCAAGACAAUAAACUGGGCACUGAGCACGGUGGGACUCGAACGAGAGGAGAAAACAAGCUUCAGCCUCGAAGAAUUCAGCAAAUUAAAGAAAGAAGCUUUGCAGACCGCUUCGAUGUUCCAGGAGCCCUUCAGAACGAUUGUUGAGGCGACAAUCCCUGGUACGGCCUUCAUUCGGCCCGCGAAGGAGAAGCCUGCGUUCCAGCAUAAUGCUCGCCUGCAUGGAGUGAUGUUCAUUGGCGACGCCAACCAUAUUCUCAGCCCCUUCGAAUUGGUCGGGGCAAACCUGGCGCUCAAGGACGGUUGGGAUCUGGCCGAACAGGCUAAGCAUCCCUCGCUUUCAGCAUGUCUUUAA